CAGAGGAACCAAUAGGCGAAGAAAAUAAGCCUUUGGUAUGACGUCAUUGAGACCGGCCAAUCGCAGGGCGCGUUGGUGGGAGGCCUCAUGGAGGGCGCGCCCGGAGGAAGGAAGGCGUGAGAGAGGAAGCUUGAAGUCAAAAUGGAGACUGCCAAUUGCUCCUCCGGCUCUGUGAGGAACCAAGACAUGGGGUCCCAGCGGGACCUGAGCCUGGUGCCCGAGCGGCUUCAGAGACGUGAACAAGAGCGGCAACUGGAGGUGGAAAGGCGGAAGCAAAAGCGGCAGAACCGGGAGGUGGAGGAAGAGAACAGCGACUUUUUUGCCGCCGCCUUCGCUCGAGAGCGAGCCGCCGUGGAAGAGCUUCUGGAGGGCGGGGAGUCAUUCGAGCGGCUGGAGGAGGCGGCCUCUCGGCUCCAGGGGCUGCAGAAACUUCUCAACGACUCGGUUUUGUUCCUAGCCGCCUAUGACCUGAGGCAGGGACAAGAGGUGCUGGCGCGGCUGCAGGCGGCCCUGGCCGAGCGGCGCCGGGACCUGCAGCCCAAGAAGCGUUUCGCUUUCAAGACCCGGAGAAAGGCCGCAUCGUCUAUCAAAGUAGGCGCAGCUCCUGGUGCCCCAGCAGCUGCAGGCAUCCAGGCCUCCCCGCUGCCCGGGAAGGAGGAGGGAGGCUUCGGCUCCAGCUGGGUCUGUGGCUUCUCCAACCUCGAGUCCCAGGUCUUGGAGAAGAGAGCCGACGAGCUGUACCAACGCGACGUCCUUUUGACCGAUCUGAGCGACUGCACCAUCAAACUAUAUGGCAAUCCCAACACCCUGCGGCUGACCAAGGCCCGCAGAUGCAAGCUGCUCUGCGGCCCAGUGUCCACCUCUGUAUUCCUGGAGGACUGCAGUGACUGCGUGCUGGCCGUGGCCUGCCAACAGCUCCGCAUACACAGCACGAAAGACACCCGCGUCUUCCUGCAGGUGAUCAGCAGGGCCAUCGUGGAGGACUCCAAUGGGAUCCAGUUUGCCCCUUACACCUGGAGCUACCCGGGCAUCGACAAGGACUUCGAGGGGUCUGGUUUAGAUAGGAGCAAAAAUAACUGGAACGAUGUUGACGAUUUCAACUGGCUGGCCAGGGAUGAGGCCUCCCCAAACUGGAGUAUUCUUCCCGAAGAGGAGCGAAAGAUCCAGUGGGACUAAGCAGUUGUCACUCUUUUCUUCACUCCUGCCAAAUACUUCCCAAGUGGGACUGACCCCAGCUAAUGGGACCCCGAAGUGUACUUAUUGUAAAACAUUGUGUAUGUUUUCAGUAUGUUUAGGCUUUUUAUUGUGAUAGGCUCCUACUUGUGAUUCCAUUAAAUUCAUGACAGGUAUUAACACUUAAGGCAUUUUGGUAAGUCUAGGAGCUUUUUAUUUGGCCACAAUAGUUUGAAGCAGUAAGGGGGAAAGAAUGGUUGUUUGGUCUGUAAUGAUUCGUGGUACUUAAAACUUGUGACAAUGCUUAAUAAAGUAGGCCUUCAAUUAAA